CGGAUGGCCAGAUUUGCUUCAGAUUGCCAGAAGAUCACUAAAAGACAGGAUCAUCUUGCUCUCGCUGUGUGUGUCUGUGUGGACGUCUUCUGACAAACAAUUUGAUUUUGACCAUGGGAAGUGUGUUGUCUCUGUACCAUACAAGCAAACAACAAACCUAUCAUGGAAAUUAUUCAACUUUGAGUGACAGAUAUGAGGAGGCUGUCAAUACAGCUAAUAGGUUUGAAGACCAACCCAUCAGUAUGCUACUCAUAACCAAACUUGACUCAUCUUUGCUGGCAAUUUUAAUCCUCAGCUUCCUUAUAAGCAGUAUAGGGAUGGUGGGGAAUGGAUGUGUUAUUUGGUUUCUUGGUUUCUGCAUUAAGAAAAACAAUUUCACCAUCUAUGUCUUGAACUUAGCCAUAGCUGAUUUUGGUGUGCUUAUGUGCAUGUUUGUUUCCUCUGUCUUUGUAGUCAUUGUUGUAUUAAAAAAGGCUGAUGUCAAACAUUUAUGGGGGUUGUCCAACCAAUUAUGUAGCAUCACAUAUUGUGUGGGCUUAUAUCUUCUGACAGCCAUUAGUGUGGAAAGAUGUCUGUCCAUUCUUUUUCCAAUCUGGGUCCGUUGUCACCGACCAAGGUAUCUUUCCACCACUGUUUCAAUUGUGAUCUGGACAUUCUCUACCCUGAUUGCUGUAACUGAAAUCUUACUUCAAUAUUUUCAGCUGCUAGAUAUUUGCUUUAAAAUUAUCAGGUUUAUUUGUGGUUUAAACCUCUUUCUCUUCACACCAGUCAUGGUGGUGUCUACUCUGAUCCUAUUUAUCAAGUUGACCUGUAGGCAUCAGCCAGGAAAGCUGCACACAGUUAUGUUGAUCAUCCUCCUCUUCUUCAUUAUUACUGCUGUUCCAUACUCACUUUUUUUCUUCUUUACUACAACUGAUUAUUAUUUGCAUGUUAUUGCCAUUCCAAUGUAUGACUUGUUAAUUGUUCUGAACAGCAGCAUUAACCCAAUUAUUUACUUCUUUGUAGGGAAUCAGUGCAAUUGUAGAUCCUGGAAAUCCAUGAAAGGCACAUUCCAAAGAGUUUUUAAAGAUGAAACAGAGCAUACAGAAGUCAGUUGAGUAAUAACAGCAUAGUGAGGA